CAGCGGGCGUGUCCGACGGGGCGGUCCCGGAAGAGCUCCGGGAGGGGCGGGGGCGCCGAGGCCAUGGGGCCAUUCCUCAUCAUCCUGCUGCUGCCGCUGCCCUCCACCAUCGGCGGCGCGGCGGUGUGCGGGAGCUGCCCCGGGCCACUGCGGAACGGCUCCGUCGUAGCCCAGUACUGUGCAUCCCGGCCCGGCACAGAGAGUGAGGGGCGCUGCUGCUGGGAACGGGGCGUUCGUCCAGAGCGCUUGCUGGGGCUGGACCUGAGUAACUGCUCCCUGCAGAACCUCCCCCCGGGACUGGCUGAGGCUUCCUCCACUGCUGUCCUAGACCUGACAGAGAACCCCCUGACGACCCUCCCCAAUGGCUCCUUCCUGGGCUUCACCCUCCUGCAGCUGCUAGCGCUGCCACUGCCACUGGGGUGCCCAGGUGGGAACAGCACCUGGGAGGAGGUGACGACGAGCGGGAGCAGCCGGCUCUGUCAGGGCCAGAGGAACUCCUGCAACAGCUCCAGUGAGCCCGCCUGGCCGUGCCCUGAGAACUCUGCCUGUGCCCCAGAUGGUCCUGGCCUCGUCCAGUGCCUCUGCAACAGCCCCUUCCACGGGUACAAGUGCCUGCGUGAGGGCACAUUCCCAGUGCUGCUCUUCUGUGGAGUACUGGGAGCCACCACCCUGUCUCUGGCCCUCCUGCUGUGGGGCACCCAGCGCCGGAAGGCCAAGGCCCCCUGAGAAGACCUCCUAAGUGAGGAGGGUGCUCUGUACCUCAGAGGAGCCUGUGCCACGGGAUCACGGUUACUGAGCAGCAGCGGGAGAUGAAUAAAGCCCUGGGCAGCC